AUGCACAUCGACAGCAAUUACGCGGGGCGCUGCACGCUGUGGACGCGGAACGCUGCGCGUUGUGACUCGGCUCCGCGUCCUGUUUUGUGUGGGCGCGGGCCCGGGACAUCUGUAGCCGCCAGCGCGCUGAGAUCAAGGCGCAGCGCCUGCCGAUUGCCCGCCUGGCCUCUGAGAAGCUAGACGCCG